AUGGCCCUUAUCGACGAGUUAGAUGAUGCGGCAGAGCUUCGCCAGCUCCAGUCGAUAGCGAUACGUAGUCUACAACACCUACCCAAUCCUCAACCUCUCACAUCUCCUCGCCUAUUUCGUGAGUUCCUCGGUUCUCAAUUACCGGAUCUUGACUCCAACUUUCAUUGCACAAGUCAUGAAAUGCAGUUGGUCGCAACCCAGUCAUUCCAGGACCGAAAUAUCCGUUUUGUUUCUACUGUUUGUUGUCGAUGUCGCUACCAUUUCCACGUUCAGAGCAAUUCAAACCCUGUUCAGCCGUAUAAUGAUGAGCAUCGUCAUCAUAUGCUCGUUCCCUGUUACCGAAAAUCUGCGAAGGACCUUAGGGAAAACCCGGCAACUUACGACGACGCCGUUGGUUAUGCUCGGUACAUCUGCGUAGCUGAUCAAUGUCUAUUCAACGUCGAGAUAUCCGUCUUACCUCAUAGGAUCCCGCCGGAGGAGGUGGCUAAAUUCUAUGACAAUGAUCGAACUACACGCAAUCUGAUCCUUGCAAAGGAGAGAGAUCCAGAACGAUACUCAGACUUUAACGAAGUGCCAACUAUGAAAUCAGAGACUAUACUCCGCAGAUACCUCACAGACUCGCUCCAAUCAAUUACUGAUCACCCGCUGAGGAUUAACAAGCGUAACAAGAAAUUCUCCGUGUGUAUAGGCAGUGAUUUCGAUGACCUUCUGAAGUACUUGGGGUUUUGUGAAGGAGCAGACGCAGAGACCGGUGAGCCAUGUUGGCUUAUCACCCCCCCUGAGAAGGCACAGAGCCCGACCCGAGUCCGAACAUUACGAGCUCGGAUGGAGGAUGCGCAGGUAGAACUCGAUAUACUUAAUGGCGAUGCGACAGUCCCUGCUUGGGAUAAACUGCUACAAGUAUUUCAAGGAGACUUCCCAAACGGACCUGUCGACGCGAAUAUCUCCACAGUCACAGAACCAGACUUGACCCUGCUAGGCUGUUUAGCAAUGUACCCGCCUCUAUAUUUUAGCUGGGCUGCUAUUCUCCUAGCUGGACUGCGCCCUAGAUACCGCGACGAAUAUCUAGACGCCGCUCUGCGCUGCAUUCAGAAUCGUAGUGAUGAUGCAUCAACUGAGAUCAUCAUGUACAGGUCCCGGUUCGACGAGACAUCCCCUAUUGACAUGAGUGUACAGGAAGCUUUUGCAUUUUUCCGCGCAUCUCCCUACGACGAUACGACAUCGGAUUGGUUUGUGGAGAAAUUCUACGAGAUGUUUAGAUAUGACAGGACUGAUGAGUUCAAGGCCCAAGCCAAACAACACCUCGAGGCCAUUGAGAGAUAUUUUGGAACGGAUAUUCUGAUGCAAAUCGACCCUACAGCUUUCAGGACAACAGGGGAGUCAGGACUCAUGACAUCGCUUCCUAAUGCUUUGAGAAGAAUGAGCAUCUCCUCGGCAACAAAACUGCUUGGUGUGGAGUCAGACUGGACGGCGGAGAUUAUUCGGGGCUUUGUCCAACAGCGGGUGCAGGACGAAAACGCAGAUAAAACCAAGAUCGUUGAAGCUAUUGACGUCCUGUCCGAACUUAAGCGACAACAAGAUAAACCUGAAGAGGCCGCAGAGCUGCAGCAGAUUGCCGAAUUUGUCAAGAUGACUGGGGAUGCACCGAUGCUAGCAUGGCAACCUCAUGCAUCGCCAAUACCAGGGAACUCUGUUAAUACACCACCUGGUCUAAAAAAUAUCGGCAAUACAUGCUACUUAAAUAGUCUCUUACAAUAUUUUUAUAACGUCAAGAUCAUACGCGACAUAGUCCUGAAUUUUGACUCGGUAAAGCUUGACCUUGACGAGGAGACGGUUGGACAACGUCGGACGGGAGGAAACGGCACUAGCGUUAAUAUCGAAGAAGCCAUCGUCGCCAGACAAUUUGUCGAGAUGCUUCAGGGGUUAUUUACCGAUUUACAAACAACUACUGAAGCCGCUGCGCAGCCCUCCCAGAAACUUGCGAACACCGCGCUAUCAUCAGCUCGAGAUAUUCUAGACCAGCGAUCCCAGAAUAUCCCUCCGCCGCUCCCAGCACGCCCGUCGCCAGCACCCCCGGUGCUCUCCAAGGAUAAUCCCGAUGCAGCAAAUGGAGUGAGCAACGACACGGUGAGCAUCACGGUAGAGUCGGUGAAUGAUAAGCUCGAAAUGGCUAGUUCUCGGAGUUCUCAAACACUGGUUGACGACGGGGGAGACGCAACGAUGUCGUACGUUCAGUUGGAAACCCCGGAUGACAAUGCCCCUAUUGUUCUGCAGUCUCAAGAUGAUGUCAAGAUGCAAGAUUCAACUGAAUCCUGGACCCUCGAUGAUAAAAUGGCGGAAGUUUCGCGUCAACUAGAACGAUCGGAUAGAUCAGGGACGGAGCAGCAGGAUGUCGGAGAAAUUAUAGGAAAUAUACUUGAACAUUUCAUGCGGGCAAUUCGUCCGGACGGCCCUAUGCCGGAAAAGCCGGAGUUGCAAGCAGACAAGAUUACGGAGACGUUCUUUACGACAAUAGUUAAUUAUACUGUCAAGACUAGGAAGGAAAACUCGGCUAGCGAUCUGGUCUCUCACCUAGAAGAGACUCCGUUGAACGUCGAGAUUGUUCCGGAGCGGUGGAUCACAGCGUAUCCCGAGGAAGCCAUUCAAGCACCAGAUGGGACGGCUGGCAACACGGGCGGAGUAAACAAUGCGCGCUGUACAUUGUUUUCCGCCUUGGAUCGAUACUUCACUUAUGAGCCAAUCGACAACGGGGAUCGCGCACGUUAUAGUAGCAUUAGAUCCCUCCCUCCCAUUCUGCAUAUCUGCAUCCAAAGAAGCACACCGAAGGGCAAGAACAAGAACCCCGUUAUUAUACCGGAAAUUUUAUGCCUCGAUCGAUAUAUGGAGGCUGAGAAGGGGUCGCCGGUGUGGCUUGCUCGUAAAAGGUCGUGGGCGCUUAAGGAGCGCAUAAAGGAGCUUGAGGCCAAACCCUCCCAGGGUGUUCGAGACGUCCCUGCAGAGUCUCAACAGCAUAAUGAAUUCAAGGAAACGGAUACGGAAGAUUUAGCGGCUAUGGUAACAUCGGCCCUCGACAAUGCUGAGGAUGCUCAUGUACAGCAAGAGUUCUCCGAUGACGUGAGACUGAAACACAAGUUACCCGAACCACUGGAAUAUGGACUAUCCAAGAAGAUAGCUACCCCUUCGUCAUUUACUGACUAUUCAUUCUGCGAUAAGUUCGCUGAUAUGUCCUGGGAGGCUACUGAGCCUUUUGAUGAGAUGACUAGAAAGGAACUUCUCUACCUGCGCCAGAAAGAGGAGACGAUCUUUAACACCAUGCAGGAGGAGAAAUACAAUAUCCACGCUGUAAUCUGUCACCGCGGUGGCACGUCCGCGGGGCAUUAUUGGGUCUGGAUCCGAGACUUUAAGCACAAUGUCUGGUAUCGAUACAACGACGAGACGGUGACGGAAGAUAACCGCGGCACAGAGGCUGUGCUAAAGGACCUGAACGAGACGGGUGAUCCGUAUUACGUUGCGUACGUUCGAGAUGAGAUAAAAGACGACCUAGUUGAUGUACCGCAGCGUCAUAAACUUGAGGCUGAUAAUUCCCGGAGCACGAGUCAGGAUUUUGAGAUGAUUGAGGGUGUAGCGUUCGACUCGGCCGAACCGUCUCCCAUCAACGGUAUUGCACAUUAG